AUGUUCCCCUGGUUCACCUGGCUGACAGCAGCCGUUCCUCUGCUACUGCCCUGGCCGGUCAGGGAUAGGGUAGGGAUGGUUCAGGCAACUGUGUGUUCACGGUGGGACCGUUCGGUUGGUCUGGAUGACCGUGGUCUCUCCCAGGAAGGUGACGUGGUGAUCGGGGGUCUCAUCCCCUUCCAUAACCUCCCCCCUGCUCCAGACCUGAGCUUCAGCCAACCCCCUGACCUGCAGUCCUGUGUCAAUCUCCAAGAGGAACCAUUGAGAUGGGCACAUGCGCUGGUGUUUGCAGUGGACGAGAUUAACCGUAACCCCUUCCUGCUGCCGGGGGUCCGGUUGGGCUACCGUAUCCUGGACAGCUGUAAUCAGCACCCCUGGAGCCUGCGAGGGGCACUGGCCAUGGUGUCAGGGGGGAACAUCAGCUCAUGGCCAUCUAGUGACCCCCCUGUUCCUCUGGUCAUUGGUGAUGCAUCGUCCACUCAGGCCAUCAUCCUGGCCAGGACCCUGGGGCCGCUGUCUGUGCCUGUGAUCAGUUACCAGGCCAGCUGUGCCUGUCUCAGUGACAGACAGGAGUUCCCUAACUUCUUCAGGACCAUCCCCAGUGAUGUCUACCAGGCCCUCACCAUGGCCCAGCUCACCUGGCUCUUCGGAUGGACCUGGGUCGGGGCUAUCGCUGCAGACAAUGACUACGGUCGUCUUGCCAUACAGGUGUUUGAGGAGGCGGUUCGGGGGACGGGGGUGUGCCUGGCGUUCUUUGAGACCCUCAACCGGGCGAACCUGGUGAGGGAUGUGGAGCGAGCAGCGGACACGGUCCAGGCCUCGACAGCACGAGUGAUCCUGGUCUUCCUCUGGGACACUGACAUGGGGGCGUUACUCUUGGAGCUGGGGAGGAGAAACGUGACGGACAGGCAGUUCCUAGCCAGUGAGGCAUGGAGCACCAGCGGACAACUCCUACGAAACCCCGCCCUCUUUAACGUUGCUCAGGGCAUUGUGGGUGUGGCUAUCCGCAGUGCACCUAUUCCUGGCUUUGAGGCCCACCUUCGAAGUCUCCACCCCUCUCGUCGUCCCGGAGAUGUCCUAUUGAAGGAACUCUGGGAAACUGAGUUUGGUGGGGCAGAGACUAUGGAGGGUGUGCAGAGCCCCUUCACAGACACCUCCCAGCUGAGAGUAACCUAUAACGUGUACCUGGCUGUGUAUGCUGCAGCCCACGCCCUCCACAGCCUGCUGUCCUGCCCCCAGAGAGACAGCCCUACCUGGGGCAGCAGCGUCACCUGCUCCCCUCCUCACAACAUCAGCCCAGCGGAGUUGUUGCAGCACCUGAACCUGGUUAACUUCACCACUCCACUUGGGGAGCCGUUCUACUUCCGGGGCGCGGACGUCCCUGCUAUGUACGACCUUGUGAACUGGCAGGCCACACCCCAGGGGUUGCUCAAACUUGUCACGAUUGGCCGAGUAGAUGGGUCCAAUCUCCUCAUCAACCAAUCAGCCAUCCAGUGGAACACAGGAUCUAAUAUGGUGCCUGUGUCAGUGUGCAGUGACAGCUGUCCCCCAGGCACCCGUGUAGCCAGGAGGAAGGGGGAGCCUGUCUGCUGCUUCGACUGCAUCCCCUGUGCUGAGGGGGAGGUCAGCAACACCACAGGCUCUCUGAUAUGUGACCGCUGUCCUCUGGAGUUCUGGUCCAACAGCCAUCGGACUGCCUGCAUCCCUCGUCAGCUCGAGUUCCUCUCCUUCAACGAUAUCAUGGGCAUCACCCUGACCACUGUUGCCGUGUGUGGCGCUGUGGCAACAACGGCUGUGUUUCUGUUCUUUGUUUACCACCGCCACACCCCUCUGGUGCGGGCCAACAACUCAGAGCUGAGUUUCCUGCUUCUCAUGUCGCUCAAGCUCUGCUUCCUGUGUUCGUUGGUGUUCAUUGGGCGUCCCUCUGUGUGGGCGUGUCGGAUCCGCCAGGCGGCGUUUGGGGUCAUCUUCGUGCUCUGCCUCUCCUGCCUCCUGGUCAAGACGAUCGUUGUUCUGGCUGUGUUCCGUUCAGCCAGGCCCGGUGCUGGGCAGCUGAUGAGGUGGUUUGGACCCAGUCAGCAGAGAGGGAGUGUCUUCCUCUUUACCAGUGUUCAGGUGAUCAUCUGUGCCGUGUGGUUGUCCGUGAGCCCUCCCCUGCCUUACCGUGACCUAGGCCUCAAGGGGUCAAAGGUCAUCCUGGAGUGUGAGGUGGGCUCUGUGGUCGGCUUCUCUCUGGUGCUGGGCUACAUCGGCCUGCUGGCCUCUAUCUGUCUCCUCUUAGCCUUCCUGGCCAGGAAACUCCCAGACAACUUCAACGAGGCCAAGUUCAUCACCUUCAGCAUGCUGAUCUUCUGUGCCGUGUGGAUCUCCUUCAUCCCAGCCUACGUCAGCUCUCCUGGGAAGUACACAGUAGCUGUAGAGAUCUUUGCCAUCCUGGCCUCCAGCUUUGGGCUGCUGUUCUGUCUGUUUGCUCCAAAAUGUUUCAUCAUCCUCCUGAGACCAGAGAGAAACACCAAGAAACACAUGAUGGCCAAAUAGAAACCACCAAGAAACACAUGAUGUCCUAAUAUAUUAUUCAUUGUGUUUAGUUGAUCACACCAUCUCACUAACUUGUUGUAUGGUAAAAAUAAUGACAUGAUACAUUGUAUAAUACUUAUAAGCAAGUUACAUACUUUACAGACAAUACCAAAACAAGUUGAUGGACACAAAUUAACAGCACUUUCCUACCAUGCUAGUAGUGUCUGUUUCUAAUGAUUCAACAGUGAGUCAACAGUGAUUCAACAGUGAGUCAACAGUGAAUCAACAGUGAGUCACCACUUAGUACGUCUUCAUCUGAAUCACUACGUGACUGUUCUUUACCAUCAUCAAUAGACUUUAAUGACAUCCAUUUCUCCCCUGAAAAUCAGUUAUGAAAACACAUACGCCAAUCAAUUAAAUUAGAUAUGCUUAAUGAAAAAUGUUGUUCAUUCCUUUCACAUUUUAUGAGGUGUGUAAUUCUCUUUUCCCAUAUGACACAGUUUCUGGAUGUUUUAA